AUGACAACAGCUCUCUACAUGUUGGAUUAUGGCGCCGGCAACGUCCGCAGCUUGGUCAAUGCUGUCAAUCGCCUGGGCUAUGAGAUUGAGUUCGUCAAGGAUCCAUCCGACAUUUUGAAAGCACAGAAACUCAUUUUCCCUGGUGUUGGAGCGUUCGGUCAUGCCAUGGAAGCAUUGAAUAGCAAGGGCUACUCUGAGCCUUUGAAGCAGUAUAUCGCCUCUGGACGACCAUUUAUGGGCAUUUGUGUUGGCAUGCAAUCUCUCUUUGAAGGAUCCGAUGAAAGUGAUAUCCCUGGUUUGGGUGUGAUUCCUGGCAUUGUCAAGCAAUUCAACAAGGAGACCAAGGCUGUGCCUCACAUGGGUUGGAACGCAUCUCAAAUCUUAAAGACACAACCUACUCAAGCCGAGCAACAACAACAACAAUCGAUCAGCUACAGCAUCAACGAAGAAUCAUCCUAUUACUUUGUUCAUUCAUACGCUGUUCCUUAUGACGACAAGGUGAAGGAUUGGACAUUGACCACAACUCAAUAUGGCGAUGAAGUCUUUGUCAGCUCUGUGCAAAAGGGCAAUGUAUUUGCUACACAAUUCCAUCCUGAAAAGAGUGGUUUUGCUGGUUUGCGUGUAUUGCGUUCUUUCCUUACUGGUUCUGGUAUUGUGGAUGAAUCAACGGUGAUGAUCAAGGAGCCCGAGAUUUACAAGCACGAUCGACUUGGCAAGCGUAUUAUUGCAUGUUUGGAUGUGCGAUCCAAUGACGCUGGUGAUUUGGUGGUGACCAAGGGUGAUCAAUACGAUGUGCGUGAAAAGAGCGGUGAUAACGACGUACGCAACCUUGGCAAGCCUGUGGAUCUUGCACGACGCUACUUUGAAGAAGGCGCUGAUGAGGUCACUUUUCUCAAUAUCACCAGCUUCCGUAAUUGUCCUUUGGGUGAUUUGCCUAUGUUGGAAGUGCUUCGUCGUACCUCUGAAACGGUCUUUGUGCCAUUGACCAUUGGUGGUGGUAUUCGUGAUGUGGUGGAUCCUGAUGGUACGGUGCAUCCUGCUUUUGAAGUGGCUGGUGAAUAUUUCCGCUCUGGUGCCGACAAGGUCUCUAUUGGUUCUGAUGCUGUUUAUGCUGCUGAAAAAUACUACGCCAAUGAUGGUAAAAAGGAUGGUACCUCUGCCAUUGAAACCAUUGCCAAAGCUUAUGGUGCUCAAGCCGUUGUGAUUUCAGUCGACCCUAGUCGUGUCUAUGUCAAGGAUCCCAGUGAAACCACUCAUCAUGUUGUCAAGAAUAGCCAGGCUGGUCCUAAUGGUGAAGAGUAUUGCUGGUAUCAAUGCACGGUUAAGGGUGGUCGUGAAGGCCGUGAUUUGGAUGUGCGUCAAUUGGUGAUUGCAUGUGAAGCAUUGGGUGCAGGAGAAAUCUUACUCAACUGCAUGGAUCGUGAUGGCACCAACAGUGGUUAUGAGCUUGAAUUGAUCAAUGAUGUCAAGGCUGCUGUCAAGAUUCCUGUCAUUGCCUCCAGUGGUGCUGGUUGUGUGGAGCACUUUGAUCAAGUCUUUGAAAAGACCAAUGUGGAAGCUGCCCUUGCUGCUGGUAUUUUCCAUCGACGUGAAGUCCCCAUUCAAGAUGUCAAGAAGCAUUUAGCAAAGUGUAACGUUAACUGCAGAGCAUUGGAUCCUACCUUGUAG